AUGAUAGAAGAUGAAAAUGAUGGAAAUGAUGUUAAUUUAUCCAAAGCGGAUGCAUUACUUUUCAUGGUUGGUAGUGAUGAUGAUGCUCCGCAGUACUCGAAAUCGAAUGCACUACAGAUUUGGCUUUUUGACUAUGAAUUAGACGAUAUGUUGGCGGUUUUCACUAAACGAAAUGUUUACUUUUUGACAAGUUCAAGAAAAGCUCAGUUUCUUCAAUCUCUUGAAAAGAAAGAGGCCGUUAAUUCUCUUCCUGCGAUUACAAUACUCGUCCGUGAGAAGUCAGAUAAAGACAGAGCUAAUUUCUUGAAGCUAGUUGAUAAGAUUAAAGAAAGUGGUUCAUCAUAUGGAUAUUUUGCAAAAGAUUCCUACACUUCUGAUUUUGCGCAAACGUGGAACAAUGUAUUGGAGGAAUGUGAGAUCAAAUUGACCGUAGACGUGUCUUCUUCUUUUGCAUAUUUGUUGGCAAAAAAAGAUGAAUUGGAAAUUGAAUUAUGCAGAAAGGCUGCUCAAGCAUCGGUUAACUCAUGGUCAUAUGCUAGAAAGAAUAUAAUCGAUAUCAUAGAUCAAGCAAAGAAGAUGAAACAUAGUCGUUUUGCGGAAGAUCUUGAAAGAGCAAUGACAACAACACAAGUACAGCAGCGACUUGCAGAAAACCGUAAACUUGAAUCAUGCUACACGCCAAUUAUACAGUCUGGUGGAGAUUAUACUCUAAAGUUAAGUGCCGAAAGUAACGAGAAGCUAAUGCAUUAUGGAACAAUUAUUUGUUCGCUUGGAACCCGCUAUCAGUACUACUGCUCUAAUUUGAGUCGCACAAUGCUUGUGGACCCGUCGAAAGAAUUACAAGAUGCAUAUGAAUCAUUACUGGUAAUCGAAAAUACUAUCAUUGAGGCUUUGAAACCAGGCAAAAAAUUAAAUGAAGUAUACUCAGCAGGAUUGGAAGCCGCAAAAGAUGAGAAAAUAGUGUUGGAACACUUAAAUAAAAAUAAUUUCGGUUUUCUGACUGGGCUUGAAUUUCGAGAAUCAACAGCCUUAAUAAGUCCCAAGUGUGAUUUGGAAGUACAACCGAAUAUGGUAUUCGUUAUCUACUUAGGAUUGCAAGGUUUGAAGAAUCCUAAUGCCAAAGAUGAACGGUCCAAAAUAUCCGCUUUGCUGUUGUCCGACACUGUCCUGAUUUGUGCGGAAGGGGCCAAUGAAAUCCUUACAGAAAGAGCAAAAUCGCGUUUGAAAUCUAAUUUAAUUAGAUUCAAAGAUGAAGCUGAAACUUCUCAUGGUGAUGACAACAAAGAAAAUAGCCUUGGCGAAGGAUUUGGUCGGGGAAAGAGGUCAGUGUUACUGCAGGAGCAAACGCGGAACAAAACUACUAAUGAAGAUAAACGUAAAGAGCAUCAAAAGGAAUUAGGGAAACGUUUGAACGAAAUUGCACGAGAACGUUUGGCUGGUCAAAUAGACCAAAAGGACAUAAAAAAGAUUAAAAAAUCGAAUGUAUCUUAUAAAAGCUAUGAUAAGUUUCCGAAAGAAGCAGAAAUUGAUAAACUUCAAAUUUAUGUUGAUCGUCGGCAUGAUUCCGUCAUAUUACCUAUAUUCGGAAUACCUGUACCGUUUCAUAUUUCUAUGAUAAAGAACACAAGUCAGUCAGUCGAGGGGGAUUAUACAUAUUUGCGAGUAAACUUUAUGCAUCCUGGAUCACAGAUCGGAAAGGAUCAGUUGCAAUUUCCAAAUCCAUUAUCAACAUAUGUCAAAGAAUUAACCUAUCGGAGCAGCAAUCGAAAAGAAUAUAGUGGGUUAACUGCACCUAGUAGUAACCUCAGUACAGCCUAUCGUCUAAUCAAAGAAAUGCAGAAGAAAUUUAGAACACAGGAAGCUGAAGAACGCGAAAGGGAAGGUGUUGUGAAGCAAGAUAAGCUGAUUUUGUCAACUGCAAAAGGCAAUCCAAAGCUAAAAGAUUUGUUUGUACGGCCAAAUGUUAUCACGAAGAGAAUCAGUGGUUCACUAGAAGCGCAUGCUAACGGUUUCCGUUAUACUUCAUUGCGGGGAGACAAAAUGGAUGUGCUUUACAAUAAUAUAAAACACGCUUUUUUUCAACCAUGUGACAAUGAAAUGAUCAUAUUAAUUCAUUUUACACUAAAAAAUCCAGUGUUAUGGGGCAAGCGUAAAUAUCAGGAUAUUCAGUUUUAUACCGAAGUUGGUGAAAUCACCACUGACUUAGGUAAAUAUCAUCAUAUGCAGGACCGUGAUGAUAUUCAAAGUGAACAACUUGAGCGGGAAAUGCGAAAACGUUUAAAUCAAGUUUUUCAAAAUUUCUGUGACAAGGUUGUUCGUCAAACAAAUGAAGCAUUCGACUUUGAUACUCCAUUCAAUGAGCUUGGUUUUUUCGGCGUUCCUUAUCGAUCUUCUUGCACACUGAAGCCAACUUCAUCGUGUUUAGUUAAUUUGAGUGAAUGGCCUCCUUUCGUGGUAACUUUGGAUGAAGUGGAAUUCGUGCAUUUUGAGCGCGUAUCAUUCCAGCUCAAAAAUUUUGAUAUGGUUUUCAUUUUCAAGGAUUAUUAUAGAAAAACUCAAAUGGUUCAACAGAUCCCGAUGACUUCGUUAGAUAAUGUCAAAGAGUGGCUUAACUCUUGUGAUAUUUAUUACUCGGAAGGAAUUCAGUCAUUAAAUUGGGCGAAAAUUAUGAAGACAAUUUCGGAUGAUCCAGAAGACUUCUUUGCAAAUGGUGGAUGGAACUUUCUGGCUACAGAUAGUGAUAACGAGGAUGAAGAAGAAGAUGAAGAAAGUGAGGAAGCUUAUUCACCAAGUGAAGAUGAAAGUGAAGGUUCUGAUGAAGAUGAAGAUGAAGAGGAGUCACCGGAAGCGACGUCAGAUUCGGAGUCUGAGGCAAGUGUAGACUCUGAUGAAAGCGAAGGUAAAGAUUGGAGCGACUUGGAAGAGGAAGCUCAGCAAGCUGAUCGAGCGCGUGAUCGCGGGGAAGAACGUGCUCAUAGAUCAAGUCAAAAGCGCAAGCACCCAUCAAGUCUUGGACCCAAUACGAAACGUCGUAAGAACUGAAC